AUGCGCAUCAGCUCAGCCAUCGCAGCAGUUGCGCUGUUGCUAGCGCCAGCAGCUCUUGCUGAUCUACCGCCUGGAGACUGGUCGGGGGAGACCACUGUCACAAUUACGCAGUCGCUCUCAACCACUCUUACCGUUACCAAAUAUCUGACAUAUGCGAAUGCUACAACGACGAGCAGUUCCAGCAGCUACACUAUCAGACCAACAGGCUGGAAUGUCACUUCAACUACCACAACCGGGGCAAGUACCAUCAAUAUUCCGACUUUGACUGCCCCAACUAGCUCAACAUCCGGCAUCUCACCGCCCAUUGCAAGUGCAACUGGCGCAGCGAGCGCUCAAGAAAUCAAUCUAGCAGUGGCCGCUAUGGCGGGCGCCGCAGCCCUCCUCUUGGGCUCAUUAUAG